AUGUCCUUCUCGGAUCAAUUCAAGGGGAAAGUCAUCGCGAUCACCGGCGCAGCUCAGGGGAUCGGCUACACAACCGCCCUUCUCCUGGCGUCCCGUGGUGCAUCGCUCUCUCUCGCCGAUAUCCAGUCGUCAACGCUUGACGAGGCCAAAGAUUCUAUUUUGUCCCAGUACACAUCAAUCAAGGUCUUCUCCCAAGUCGUCGACGUUCGCUCAGCGGAGCAGGUCGAGACAUGGAUCAAAGCCACCGUCUCGCACUUUGGACGUCUGGAUGGCGCCGCCAACAUUGCCGGCAUAGUCCCCAGGUCAAUAGGCAGUGAUGCCGGUCUAAUGGAGAACACAUCACCAGAUGAGUGGGAUUCGUGCCUGGGCGUGAACCUCACAGGGGUGAUGCACUGCAUGAAGUAUGAGCUGCGCGUCAUAGCGGAGGACAGUGCUAUUGUCAACGCAAGUUCCAUCGCGGGCCUGGUUGGGAGAGAGAAGAAUGGCAUCUACACAGCCACCAAGCACGGUGUCGUUGGAUUGACGAGAUCGGCUGCCAAGGAAGUUGCUUUGGCCGCGCUGACCACAGCGGCGUAUGCCUCCCUCGGGACCCCCGACAAGUCAUGCCGACUACUCGCCCCCGUGGAUGUCGCUGGCUCGCUGGGCUUCAACUACACCGAUGAUUGCGUGCCCUCGACCGGCAGGCUCUCGUCGUACAUGAUCUACGUCGACUUCCCUGACGCCGAGGCCAACGACACCACAAAGUCGCUCUACGACGUCUUCUUCCCCGACGCCAUUGACUGGUUCGAGACGGCCAGCUAUGGCAAGCUCCAGCUCGAGGUCGACACGGCGCUCGAAGGGGGCUUUGCGCGUAUGCCGCAGGCCGCCGACAGCUAUCACUUCCAGAGGGGCAUGUCGGGGCUCGAGCUGGUGACCUACGUCCAGGACGCCAUCGACGCGCACUUUGACCAGAUUGGCACGAUUCCCGUCGUCGACGUGCUCUACGUCGUGGCAACACGGCGCGCGACAAGCAUCACGUAUUCGCCGUCAAUGGGCUAUACCUUUACAGACCCCUCCGGCUCGAUUCUCGCCAACAAGACUGCUGCUUUCGGGUAUGACUCGUACGACUAUUACGGCUUCAAGGUUCUCAAUCACGAGACGGGCCAUGCGCUGUGCCUCCCCGAUCUCUACCCUCUCGCCGGCGGCGAGACGAGGGAGUACGUCGGCACAUGGGACAUGAUGGGCACCAUUGUGGGUCCGAGCCCAGACUUCUUUGCGUGGAACAAGUACCGACUUGGGUGGAUCGAGGAAGACGAGGUGGACUGCGUCGAGGACGAUGGCACGACACGGCAUGAGCUCACGCCUGUCUCGUCGGAUGAGGCAGGCGUCAAGGCGGUCAUUAUUCGGCACAGCGACACCAGGGUCCUCGUCGCCGAGGCGAGGUCAAAUACAGGUGUAGACGAGAACGCCCGCCGGUCAGGGGUUCUGGUGUAUAGCGUCGAUACUGAAAUUCAGACGGGGCAGGGUGGCAUCAUCGUCUACGACGGUAACCCCAACACAGGGUCUUCCCGGUACGGAACACAGGGCGACGUCAAGAGUGAUGCGGCACUAUCGCUAGAGGAUGGGGAGCAGGAGAUCUACGUCGAGGACUUUGACGUCAAGGUCAAGAUCAUGGAGAGCGAUGGACCAGGCUUCCAGAUCGAGGUCCGCAAGGGAGAAGAGGCCGUCGAGGAGGACGAGGAUGGACUGCUGCUCCAGACUGUCGCUGUUAAGCCUGCCGUGGUAGCGACCCGCACGCAACCAGAGAAGCAGCCCCUGGUGACUUGA